AUGGAAAAGCAUCAAUCCCAUGAGGAGAGAGGAAAGGACGAAGAAACGAUAACCAAAUUGACAAUACUAAAGAUAUCCUCUCUGAUCCAAAAUGGAGAUGUAUCAAAUUGCAGAGAACUAAUUUUAAAAAACAGAAACAUAGAAGAAUGUGAAGAAUUAUAUCAAAUGAAAAAUUUGCAAAAAAUUGACUUGAGUGAAAACAAAAUAAAAGAUCUGUCGAUGCUCGAAAUGAACUUAAAUUUACAACAAAUCGUUGUACAAAACAAUUUAAUAGACAACAUAAAUUACCUAAACAACAUAAACAACUUAGUGUACCUAAAUUUGUCCAACAAUAAAAUAAAAAUAAUGGAUGGGGUAUGCGAAUUAACAAAUUUGAAAACGUUAAUUUUAGCAUAUAAUGAAAUUGAGAAAGUUCCCAAUUUAGCAAAUCUCCAAAAUUUGGAGACACUCAUUUUAAAGAAUAAUAAAAUUGAAACGUUUGCAAAACCGACCAAAGUUAUGACACACUUAAAAAAAAUUUCCCUCGCAUUUAACAGAAUGAGAGAAUUUUGUUUUGGUUCCCAUUUUUCAAAUGUACAAGAGUUACGUUUAAACAGUAACAAAUUAACACAUGUCCAGAGGGAUGUCGUAUAUAUGACCGCGUUAAAACAGCUUUAUAUACAAAAUAAUUUCAUUCUGGACGCAGAAAUAUUAACCCAUUUAUGUGAACUGAAUUAUUUAAAAAAUAUUGUCAUUUUGGAGAAUCCUUUUUUUAAAAAAAUGAACACUGAAUUGUUAAAUAAUUUUAUUCAAAUGUGCAAAAAGAAUUUAACGACCAUUAACUCGGUAACAAUUCCACGGAGCAGAAAAUUUGACAGCUUCUUGUUCGACCACACAGAUGAUAUAACUGCUAAGCAAGAGCACCAUCGUCGCAAUGGCCAUGAGCCCAAACAGGGGGGAGGGCCUACACAAAUGUAUGCCAAAAGGGACGACCCUCACGUGGUGAGAAGCAACCUGCACAUCCGCAAAGGGGAUUGGAAAAAAAAAGGAAAAAGGUAUAAAAAGAAUAAAUCACAAUGA